AUGGCAACAAAAUCAAACAACUCAAUCAAUCCACUAAUUGAAGAAAUCAAUGAAUGGGAGAAGACUACAAUUGAAAAAGUGCGACAAACAGCUGAAUAUGUGCGUCAGCAAGCUAAUCAGCUCAUGAGUUCAAAAUCUGUGGAAAUUACAAAUGAAUUCAAAGGCUUCUCAGAUGAAUUAGCUGAUUUGAAAGAAACUGAGGAUUAUAUUGAACAGGAUUUAAGAAGACUUAAACAAAAGAUUCAUCAAUUUAAUACAGACUUAACUCAACUUUCGCAAGGAACUAGACUUGAGCUGAAUAGAGAAGAAAGUGAAAAAAUAAACUGGAAUCAUAUUAUCUACGUUCAAGAAAAAUCUGUCGAAGUUGGACGUCAACAAGCACCAACAAUAGUGGCAUGAAGUGCACGAACAACAGCAUUAUUUUCUGAAAUGGAACUUUUUUGUGGCGGCCGAGCUUGUGGACGUUGUGGUAAAUGUUCUGAUUGGUCUUUUGACAAUAAUACGAUAGAUUAUGCCCGUCAUGAUGGUCGCGCUUGCAAUCGUGCUUCUUUUGACGCUGAUCUUCAUAUCUGCAAUUGCAAGUACCCUGCAAAAGAUGAAGACUGA